GUAAAAUCAGAUUGAAUUGUUGAAUUUACUUUUGUUGUGUUCUAACCUGUUUUAGUAUCUCCUCUGGUACCAAACACAUUUUUUGUUUUUGAACUCAUCUCUAGGCCUACUACUUUCGUUUUCCUCUGUCACCUUGCAACGCAAAGGCGACAUUUAGUCAACAACGCUUUUAUUUUGAAAUGUUCAACUGGAUGUAAUUUGUAUUGUGACUGACUUGACACUUCAAAGUCAACACACACGCUUAAACAGACACACACGCACGCGCGCGCGCGCGCGCGCAAACACACAGACACACACCUUCGCUGUUCCAGUGUGCUGGCUCGACUUACUACAGACUGGCUCUCCACACGCACACGGCUGUCUGUGGUGCACUUGUCAUCACAACAGAGAUGAUUGAAACUUGACCUGGAUUUCCAACUGUAAGGAAUAACCUUCCCUGCAGGAGGCUUCAAAUCUAGAGCUGCCGGAUCCCUUCUGUGCCAACACAGAGAGGGGAUUUAGAGUGUGUGCUGCACUUGGGAAGUUCAAUUCCGCCACUGGUGCUGCUCUGUUUGCACAGACUCACCACGAUACCUCUUUUACCCGUUGCUCCGUCCUGGCUUCUUAUUAUUGGACUCCUCACUCCUGUCCUCAGGGGAACUAUUAUUCCUUUAACGCAUCCAUCACCUCAUCUCGCCACCCAUUUACCCAUCUCAUAAUGAACUCCUCUACAUCCAUUACAUCCCUAUUCUCCUUCACCAGCCCAGCGGUGAAGCGCCUGCUCGGCUGGAAACAAGGGGAUGAGGAGGAGAAGUGGGCGGAAAAGGCUGUGGACUCUCUAGUGAAGAAACUAAAGAAGAAGAAGGGGGCAAUGGAGGAGCUGGAAAGAGCCCUCAGCUGUCCUGGUCAGCCCAGCAAGUGUGUGACGAUUCCUCGGUCGCUGGACGGGAGGCUGCAGGUGUCCCAUAGGAAGGGGCUGCCCCAUGUCAUCUACUGCAGGGUGUGGCGCUGGCCUGACCUGCAGUCCCACCACGAGCUGAAAGCCUUGGAUUGCUGUGAGUUUGCUUUCAGCUCUAAGCAGAAGGACAUCUGUGUCAACCCUUACCACUACAGGCGCGUGGAGACUCCAGUGCUUCCCCCAGUUCUGGUCCCACGCCACAGCGAGUUCAACCCUCAACACAGUUUACUGGCAAAGUUCAGGAACGCCUCCCUGCACAGUGAGCCUCUGAUGCCCCAGAACGCCACCUACCCAGACUCCUUCCCCACGCUGCCCUGCUCCUCCUUCUCCUCCUCCUCUACUUCCUCCCUCAUCCAGUCUCCCACCUCACAGAGUUACCCCAACUCCCCCAACAGCUCUGCAGAGCCUGGCAGUCCGUAUCACAUCACAGCAGAGACUCCCCCACCUCCAUACAGCAUGAUGGAGACAAGCCCUCCAGAUGAUGUGAAGCCCAGCAACUCCACAGAAACCCUCAAACUCACGUUUUCCUCUCCGCACAGAGAUUUACGGCCUGUAUGUUACGAGGAACCAGAGUACUGGUGUUCAGUGGCUUACUACGAGCUCAACAACCGGGUGGGGGAGACUUUCCACGCGUCAUCCCGCAGCGUCUUGGUGGACGGCUUCACAGACCCAUCCAACAACAAGAACCGCUUCUGCCUCGGCCUGCUAUCCAAUGUCAACCGCAACUCCACCAUCGAACACACACGCAGGCACAUAGGCAAAGGUUUACACCUGUACUAUGUGGGCGGCGAGGUGUAUGCAGAGUGUCUGAGCGACAGCAGUAUCUUCGUCCAGAGCCGCAACUGUAAUUUCCAGCAUGGCUUCCACGCCACCACUGUGUGCAAGAUCCCCAGCGGCUGCAGCCUCAAGAUCUUCAACAACCAGCUGUUUGCCCAGCUCCUCGCCCAGUCGGUUAACCACGGCUUUGAGGUCGUUUAUGAGCUCACUAAGAUGUGCACCAUCCGCAUGAGCUUUGUUAAGGGUUGGGGUGCUGAAUACCACCGUCAAGAUGUGACCAGCACCCCCUGCUGGAUCGAGGUACAUCUGCACGGGCCCCUGCAGUGGCUGGACAAAGUGCUCACACAGAUGGGGUCCCCCCACAACCCUAUUUCUUCAGUGUCAUAACAUGGACACACGUGUGUGUGUGUGUGUGUGUGUGUGUGUGUGUGUGUGUGUGUGUGUGCUGUUGGUCCUCCACACAGGUAGUCCUAGAUUCUGUAUGUUCUACUAUGUCCAGGUUUUCUGUCCUAUGGGCCCUCUCUUGAUAUCUCAAACUAAAUUACAAAAAUCUGUGUUACCCACAGCUUUGUCACAUCAUGCCACAUAACUGAAACACAUGAGUGAUUGAAUAUAAUUUACAGCUCAUGUAGUUAAAUGAUCAAGUGUUCCUUAAUCUCAGCAAGACUGUGAUAAGGUAUUUAUCGUCUCUCUCCAUCUUUGGGACAUUAACUGCACUCCAAGACAAGAAAAAACAAGAUACAUUUGAAGGUACUCAAAUACGAGUGUUAUUACGUGUUGUAAAUGUUAUUACGGUUGUAUGUAUUCUAUUUCCAUGUUUUAACUGUUUGACUGUUUGCUUUUUACUUGUUCCAUUAAAGUUGUUUUAAGAAGAAGACAUUUCUCAAUAUUAGCUUAAUAAUUUUACUCAUAUUCACAGCAGAACAUACACUUCAACUUAAAAACACGGGAUCAACAUACAGUAGCGUACAGCACAACAUAGCUAGCAUGAUCAAUAUAAAUCCAACCAAACUUGAUUUGUUUUCCUUUUUGUAUACAGUUAGUGUGGUAAAAACAAGUCCUGAAAGUUCCUCCAACAGGGCUCCAAACAUGCAUCACACAAUUGAUUGUCACAUAUAACAACACGUUCAUGUUAAAGAGACAACAUUAGGCUAAAAACAAAGUGAAUAAUUCGGACUGAAAAGUAUUACACACACUCAAAAACACAAAGAAACGGCCAUGUUCUUUUUUUCCAGCAAUGGAAAAGACAGGAGGCUCACAUUGAGCUCACAAUAUUAUUCAGUUAAACUGAGACUUCGACAUCUGAAUAACUUUGACAAAACGAUCGCAAUCCAAUGCCAUCAUUAUUAUUGUCACAUGAAGACGGGGGACUAACACAAAGAAUGGGAAUUAAAAACUAAAUUCACAAGUAAAAGUGAAAAGAAAUAGCACCAGACAUGGCCAGAAAGUCAUGCCUUUUAAGGGAUUUAGAUCAGUUCACCUAGUUUAGUCCACCAGUCUCACCAUGUUGUUCUUUCUUCUGCAUGGCUGUCUGGCUGGAGAAAGUCAUGUUCACAGUACACGGUUACGCACCAU